UUUUAGUUGGUUGAACUUCUUUUUCUUUUUUAACAGUAUAAAACCUUUAUACUGUUGUGGAAAUGCAGCGGCGAUAAAGUUGACUGCCGGUGUACAUUUAUCUGACAACCCAAAUACAGCGCAGGGAGGUCGGAAUGACCUGGAGCACCAGGAGGUUGUGGCAGCCUCAUCAGUAGCGGUCAACACGGCGGGGGACCUGCGGACCUCCGUCUGCAGGGUGGUCAUCUAUCUCCAAAGGGACAUGUCUGGGGACAGCUGCCUACCCCAGGACCUCAGCAAGUCCGAAACCGCCUCCCCAGACCUUCCUCUGGCUUGUCCCAAGACCAAGACCUGUAGUCAUCGCGGAGCAGUGGGCUUAGGCAACAAGUAUGUUCGGCUCAACGUUGGAGGGAUGCUGUUUUAUACAACGCUGCAGGUGCUCACCAGGCAAAACUCCAUGCUGAAGGCUAUGUUCAGUGGAAAGAAGGAAGUGUUCACAGAUAAAGACGGUUGGAUCCUGAUCGACCGCAGCGGGAAGCACUUUGGCAGCAUCCUGUGCUACCUUCGAGAUGGCAGAGUUGCCUUACCCAAAGGUCGACAGGCUGUCCAAGAGCUGCUGGUCGAAGCAAAGCAUUUCCUUGUCCAGGGCCUAGUGGAGCUUUGCCAAAAUUCCCUGCAGGGUAAUAAAGAGCAACCCAUGUGUGUUAUACCUGUAGUCACCUCCAUUAAGGAAGAAGAGAAGCUCAUCCAGUCUUCUUCCAAGCCUGUCGUGAAGCUGGUGUACAACAGAAGCAACAACAAGUACUCCUACACCAGCAACUCUGACGACCACCUAUUGAAGAACAUCGAGCUGUUCGACCGGCUGUCUCUCAGCUUCAACGGCCGCAUCCUCUUCAUCAAAGACGUGAUCGGGGACGAGAUCUGCUGCUGGUCCUUUUAUGGCCAGGGUCGCAAGCUGUCUGAGGUUUGCUGCACCUCCAUCGUCUACGCCACUGAGAAGAAGCAGACCAAGGUGGAAUUCCCUGAAGCUCGAAUCUACGAGGAGACUCUGAACACCUUGCUUUACGAGACGAUGCCGUUGCCCGACAACUCCCUGCUCGAGGCCACGCGUCGGAGAUACAACAACUGUGGCUCUCACAGCGAGGAGGAGGAGGGGCCCGGAGGUCCCGAACUGCGCGAGCGUGUCCGUAGAAUCCACGUCAAGAGGUAUAGCACAUAUGACGACAGGCAGCUGGGACACUAAGACCGCUGGACAGACUGCAGCUUUUCUUUUUUGAUGAUGAUGAACUUAAAGUCCAAUUGAUGCUCAUAUGUUUUUCUUUUAUUACUUUCUGCAGUCUCAGAGGUCCAAGUGAUGGCCUCAGUGAAACUGCAC